AUGGUUACUAUGGUUGACAACACGGUUAUGAAAAUAAUAAACAAGCCAAAAAAAAAAUUUUUGGUUUAUCUUUGCGUUUUUGAAGCUAUUUAAAAAUUAUUAUGAGCGACGAGAACGUGGAAAUAGCCUCCACGCCACCAGACGUCGUAGCUGGAGCACAAACGGCGGUAGAAAGCCUUCUACCUACAAAAUCAGCCUCCAUAUACGAAGCGUCAUACGCAAGAUUUUUAAAGUAUUGUAAAGAAAGAAAUAUCAAGAAGUAUUCAGAGAAUGCAGUGUUGAGUUAUUUUGUUGAACUCGCAAAUGUUAAGAAAAUGAAGAGUUCUUCAUUAUGGAGCCAUUACUCAAUGGUGAGAUCCCUACUUCAUAUUAGAGAAAAAGUGGACAUUUCAAAAUAUUUUAAUCUUCGUGCUUUUCUGAAAAAGCAUCAGCGGGAAAAUUAUCAAGCUAAGAAGUCGGCCGUUCUAACAAAGCAUCAAUUUCUUACCUUCUUAGCAAAAGCACCGGAUGAAAAAUAUUUGGGAACUAAAAUUGUGCUAUUAUUUGGAAUUUCCGGAACUUGCAGAUGUGACGAACUAGUAAAAAUGAAAGUGCAAGAUAUUGAAGAUCAUGGUUCCAUAAUUUACGUCAAAAUUCCUGAUAGUAAAACAUCUGCGAAAAAUUUGAUUGUCCAAACGACCUCAAACCCAACUUAUGUAACCCAUCGCUGCUCCGAAAUGUCGUUGGGCCUAUACCAGUUUUUGAAGAUAAUUUAAAGUGCCGGUAAAAGUGGAUUUUUUCAAAAUAGUACGUUAUAU